AUGCUCCCCUCUCUCCCCUCCCUCAGACUCACUCUCACCAUCGCACUCGUCCUCAAAGCGGCGCUCGCCCUGCCUCAGAAAGCCGCCCCCACCAACACAGACACUCAACUUGAAAUCGCAAAGCUCGUCCAAAGCGCAUCAGAGUGCCCCGAGAUCAUCCCAGGACCAGGUCUCCCCAGCCUCGCAUCCCUAAACCUCACAUCCGCCGAUCUUUGCAAGCCACCUCAAGAAUUCAUCGCUUCGUUCAACUCAAGGUUCGAAUCAGUGGAAGCCGACUCCUCGUCGUCAUCGAGCACCAGGCUCGUCAAACGCUACACACCCUGGUGCAACACCACCCCCCUCGUCUUCACCUACGCCCAAGGAUGCUACAACUACCUCUACGCCCUCGGCUCCACCACCUGCCACGUCCCUUCCUCCGGGUCACGCUUCUGCCAUUCUUCAGCCCAGACUGGGAACGUAGCCUGGUAUGGCGGGAGCGCGAACGGUGCUAGUACGAGCUCUACUUGCCGUGAUGUAGCAAGAGGAGGCGAAUGGGUCCUCGACAACUGCCAGGGAUACGUACCCGGUGGUUACCACUUCCUAUACGAAGGUGCAAAUGCAGCCUGGGGCAACGCGAACCUCAUCGUUCGUAUUGGACCGAUGUAG